CUCAGUCGGCGAGAACGAGACAAACAAAGCCGUGCAUAUCAGCAAGAUAUUUUAGUUCACCAUGGGCAGAACCAUUCCAAAAGAUAAGAAAUACCCUUGAAAAGAAAACAUAGGCAAACUGCACAGCCCUUUCUCACAAUCUAGCCGUGGUAGCUCGCAAACUUACAACACCAUUCACUCAUUCGCGUCUUCAGGUUCAGGCUGCUCCACGCGAUCUGCACGCAGACAAACUGUCGGUUUCGAACUCCAGUUACAAGUUACAACCAGUGAAAGGGCUCCGCUUUUCUCUCCCCUCUCUUUUAUAAGCCUUCGGAAAGCACGGCUUUUUGUCUCCGGUCUUCGUGCUUCCUCUGUCCCUCAGUGUCCAAGCACUGUACCAUGAAGCUCAGAGCACAAGUGAUAGUGCUAGUGGCAGCAGCUCAUCUUCUGCUGACGCUGCGGACGGCGCAAUGCUACUGGCUCAACCCGGAGAUCUACGACUCCGGCGGGCUGAGCCGGCGCGCGUUCCCGGAGGGGUUCGUGUUCGGGACGGCCGCGUCGGCGUACCAGGUCGAGGGGAUGGCGAAGCAGGGUGGGCGCGGGCCUAGCAUCUGGGACGCCUUCAUCGAGGUACCAGGGACGAUCCCUAACAAUGCCACCGCCGAUGUGACGGUCGACGAGUAUCACCGAUACAAGGAAGAUGUGAACAUAAUGAAGAACAUGGGCUUCGAUGCGUAUCGGUUUUCCAUUUCUUGGUCUAGGAUUUUCCCAAAUGGAACUGGUAAGGUGAACCAGGAAGGAGUGGAUUACUACAACAGGCUCAUAGAUUACAUGAUUCAGCAAGGCAUCACCCCAUAUGCAAAUCUCUACCACUAUGACCUCCCAUUGGCACUCCAUGAGCAGUACCUGGGCUGGCUUAGCCCAAAGAUUGUGGAGGCAUUUGCAGACUACGCUGACUUCUGCUUCCAGACGUUCGGAGACAGGGUGAAGAACUGGUUUACCUUCAACGAGCCGAGGUGCGUCGCUGCGCUGGGUUACGAUAAUGGCUUGCAUGCACCAGGAAGGUGUUCAGAGUGCGCUGCAGGAGGCAACUCCACAACGGAGCCGUACCUCGUUGCCCACCAUCUCAUCCUUUCUCAUGCAGCUGCAGUGAAGCGAUACCGCGAUACGUAUCAGCUUUACCAAAAGGGGAGGAUUGGAAUUCUCUUGGAUUUUGUGUGGUACGAACCUUUCAGCGAUAGCAAUGCGGACCAAGCUGCAGCACAGCGAGCCCGGGACUUCCACCUCGGAUGGUUUCUUGAUCCCAUUAUAUAUGGCCGGUACCCAUACUCGAUGCUAGAGAUUGUCAAGGACAGGCUGCCAUUGUUCAGCGACGAAGAGUCCAGGAUGGUGAAAGGCUCUAUAGACUAUGUUGGUAUCAACCACUACACUUCUUUCUACAUGAAGGACCCUGGGGCAUGGAAUAUGGCGCCUGUCAGUUACCAGGAUGAUUGGCAUGUUGGGUUUGUCUAUGAACGAAAUGGUGUCCCUAUUGGAGCUCAUGCAAACUCCUAUUGGUUGUACAUCGUGCCAUGGGGAAUCAACAAGGCUGUGAACUAUGUUAAGGAAACGUAUAAAAAUCCUACAAUGAUCCUUGCUGAAAAUGGAAUGGACCAACCUGGUAACGUCAGUAUUACCCAGGGUGUGCAUGACACAGUAAGGAUCCGAUAUUACAGGGACUACAUAAUCGAGCUCAAGAAGGCGAUAGAUGAUGGUGCUAGAGUGAUUGGGUACUUUGCGUGGUCGCUGCUCGACAACUUCGAGUGGAGGCUCGGGUACACUUCCCGGUUCGGCAUCGUCUACGUGGACUACAAGACGAUGAAGAGGUACCCCAAGGAUUCUGCUUUCUGGUUCAAGAACAUGCUCUCCAAGAAAAGAACCUAGCAUUCCAGACAAGAGGACCAAUGGCUUCAGGUGUCAGUACAAAAGUUCACUCUAGCAUAUGUUCCCCUUAGCAUGUCAGUCUUAGCUUUAAGAAACUGUGCAAAUGAGGAGUCUCUACUGUCAAGACUCGACAUCUCUAGCUUGGUUAGUUGUUGCAAUACUAAGUUAAUAAAGUGAUAUCUUCAGAAACCUUGAACCUCAACAACAGAACAAGUAGAAGCACAAUGACUGGAUCACAGAAGACACAAAUUCAGCAACAUAAAUGCCAUACAAACAGAAAAGGGCCAAAUUAAUAUUUCAUUGCAAUCAAGUGGCUGAAAAAUAAACUCAUUAUAUUUGAUUAUAUGAUAUAUUGGCUCAGCAUACACGAAUAAUAAAAGCAUGAUAGCUUAAUUGCUAUACUCAAUAUUCUAUCUCUCCAUUUGUCUGUCCAAGAGCAUAUCUCCAUAAGUACUUUCCAAGCUCGUGUUGACAUGACAAAUUUGACUUGUAUCCUA